CCUUUUGCCUCGGAACUGAACCCGGGAGACAUCACAGCGCUGGGCUAGGGGCGCGGCUUGAACUCGCCUAAAGAGCUGCGCCCUCUCAUCUCGCGCCUGCAGCCCGUGCCGCCCCAGCCGCUGCCGCCUGCACCGGACCCGGAGCCGCCAUGCCCAAGUGUCCCAAGUGCAACAAGGAGGUGUACUUCGCCGAGAGGGUGACCUCUCUGGGCAAGGACUGGCAUCGGCCCUGCCUGAAGUGCGAGAAAUGUGGGAAGACGCUGACCUCUGGGGGCCACGCUGAGCACGAAGGCAAACCCUACUGCAACCACCCCUGCUACGCAGCCAUGUUUGGGCCUAAAGGCUUUGGGCGGGGUGGAGCCGAGAGCCACACUUUCAAGUAAACCAGGUGGUGGAGACCCCAUCCUUGGCUGCUUGCAGGGCCACUGUCCAGGCAAAUGCCAGGCCUUGCCCCCAGAUGCCCAGGGCUCCCUUGUUGCCCCUAAUGCUCUCAGUAAACCUGAACACUUGGAAAA